AUCGAAUUAAUAAUCUCGUGGAAAUUUACAACUUGCGACUAGUCACCUUUAUCACGACUUUAACUUCCGCCCCACUCUUCACCUCUCGCUCCUCUUCUCCCGACCUACACAGCGGUUUCGUCUCAGUUCCGUACUGUGUAUAUACAAAUCGUGCAUAAUGAGUGACGGAUUGCAUACAGGUAACAUUGAGGUUUCCCUCAACUCCGAAUCUAAAGCCCUAUAAACGCAAUGCUGAUAUCAAGUCCAGGGGUUUACUUCACCCCGACCAGCCACACCGACACCUACCCAGCUAUUGAUCCGCGUAAAUGUGACCUAAGCGGAAAGUACGUCUUCAUAACAGGCGCAUCCAAAGGCAUUGGGUGGGCCACUGCGUUAUCAUAUGCAAAAGCCGGCUGUGCUGGGAUCGGGGUCGGCGCUCGUACAGAUCUCUCGUCGCUCGUACCACUUCUUACUCAGGCUGCAGAGGAAGCAGGCAAACCAGCUCCCCAAGUAGUACCUAUUACACUAGAUGUGACAGAUGCAGAGAGCGCAUCAUCAGCGGCCACCUCGAUUGCCUCAUCGUUCCCCCGCCUAGACAUUCUUAUUAACAACGCUGGGUACCUUGAAAAACGCGUCAAAAUCGUGGAAAGCGACCCAUCCGAAUGGCAGAAGACAUGGUCGGUCAAUGUCAUUGGGCCAUACUUAGUCACUCGGGCAUUUCUUCCGCAGAUGCUAAGCAAAGGCGGAGACAAGAUCGUUGUAAACUUGGGCAGCAUUGCGGCACAUUUGACAUCACCUGGAGCUUCAGCUUACCAAACCAGCAAACUCGCUGUUCUUCGCUUUACGGAAUUUUUGGAUGCGGAUCAUGGACCGGACGGUGUUCUGACUUUUGCUGUGCACCCUGGCGGGGUGCCAACGGAUAUGGGAAAAAGGCUUCCUGAACAGAUGCACAAGGCUUUGACAGAAACUCCAGAGCUGUGUGCAGAUACGUUGGUAUUCCUUACUGAGAAAAGACGGGAGUGGUUAGCUGCUAGGUAUGUCUCAGUGACUUGGGACGUGGAGGAGCUAUUGCAGAAGGAAGAGGAGAUUGUGAGGGAGGACAAAUUGAAGGUUAGGAUGCGUAUCUAAAUUGUUAU